ACUGCUCCUUCCUACACACCUCUCCGGCAACCCCUCUCUCUCUCUCUCUCCUCUCCCCUUUGAUACAGAUCUCCAAUGGCGGCCACCACCGCCAAACUCACCAUUUUCACUCUCCUAAUUCUCUUCCACUACUACCACCACCCAGUCUCUUCUUCUUCUACUAGUCCAAUCAAAACCGUAGUGGUCCUCGUCAUGGAAAACCGUUCCUUCGACCACAUUUUAGGUUGGAUGAAAAAGCUUAACCCCAACAUCAAUGGAGUCACCGGCUCCGAAUCCAAUCCCAUUUCCACCACCGUCCCCAAUUCCCCUCUCGUCUACUUCCACAACCAAGCCCACUACGUCGACCCUGACCCUGGCCACUCCUUCCAAGCCAUCCGCGAACAAAUUUUCGGAUCCAACGACACCUCCCUCUACCCUGCCCCCAUGAACGGCUUCGUCCAACAAGCCUAUUCAAUGAACCCAAACAUCACCCAGGCGGUCAUGAACGGUUUCGUCCCUGAAAAAGUCGCCGUCUACCAAGCCCUAGUCUCCGAUUUCGCCGUGUUCGACCGGUGGUUCGCCGCCGUGCCGUCGUCCACUCAGCCGAACCGCCUCUAUGUCCACUCCGGCACCUCCGCCGGAGCCACCAGCAAUAUUCCGGCGAUGCUAGCGAAAGGAUAUCCACAACGCACGAUAUUCGAGAACCUAGAUGACGCCGGAUUGUCGUUCGGAAUAUACUAUCAGAAUAUUCCGGCGACUUUGUUUUACCGGAAUCUGAGAAAGCUCAAGUACCUAGGAAAGUUUCAUCCGUAUGGACUCUCGUUCAAGAGCGAUGCGAAGAACGGGAAGCUACCGAAUUAUGUUGUGGUGGAGCAGCGGUACACGGAUACUAAGCUGGAACCGGCUAAUGAUGAUCAUCCUUCGCAUGAUGUGUAUCAGGGGCAGUUGUUUGUGAAGGAGGUGUAUGAGACUCUCAGGGCGAGUCCGCAGUGGAAUCAAACACUGCUUAUCAUCACGUAUGAUGAGCAUGGUGGGUACUUUGAUCAUGUGGUUACGCCGACUCGUGGGGUCCCUAGUCCGGAUGAUAUUGUGGGACCUGAGCCGUUUUUGUUUAAGUUUGAUAGGUUGGGUGUCAGGGUACCAACCAUCAUGGUCUCGCCUUGGAUUGAGAAGGGAACUGUUGUCCAUGGACCCAACGGAAAGCCAUUUCCGACAUCAGAGUAUGAGCAUUCAUCCAUCACAGCAACAGUGAAGAACAUCUUCAACUUGACUUCCUUCCUGACUAAGAGGGAUGCUUGGGCUGGCACCUUUGAAAGCAUCGUCCAAACACGGACUGAACCCAGAACUGACUGCCCUGUGCAACUACCAACUCCGGUUCGGAUCAGGGAAGGCGAGGCCAACGAAGAUGCCAAGCUGAGUGAAUUCCAGCAGGAGCUACUACAGCUUGCAGCAGUGCUGAAAGGAGAUGAUAUUCUCACAAGUUUUCCUGGGAAUAUUGGGAAGGAAAUGACCGUGAAGGAAGGGAAGCAGUACAUGGAGGACGCAGUGAAACGCUUCUUCGAGGCAGGGAUUGCUGCUAAGAAAAUGGGGGUUGAUGAGGAACAAAUUGUGAAAAUGAUGCCCUCACUAACUACCAGAUCAUCAUCCAAACCCUAAACAAAAUAUUGUUGUAUCUUGCAUGUUGUAUUACAAAUUGAAAUGUAUUCUCACAUAAAUGCAAUAAAGUAAAGCAAUAGUGAAAGAAAUGAAGGUGAUGAUAAUAGCUA